CUCCAUCUUUUUCGCGAACAUCGUUCGCCAUUCCCCUAUUUAAAUCGCCGAUCCCUUUGCCUUCUUCCAUACCUUGUCUUCAUAGUCUGGUUAUUAUUUUGUUUUUUCUUAACCUCAUAGAUCACGAAGAUGUCUUGCUACCGUGGGAAGUACGCCGAUGAACUGAUCAAGAACGCCGCCUACAUCGGCACCCCCGGCAAAGGAAUCCUCGCCGCGGAUGAAUCGACCGGCACAAUCGGGAAACGCCUUUCUAGCAUCAACGUAGAGAACGUGGAAGAAAACCGCCGCGCCCUCCGUGAGCUCCUCUUCUGCACUCCAGGCGCCCUCCAGUACCUAAGCGGUGUCAUCCUCUUCGAAGAAACCCUCUACCAAAAAACCGCCGACGGCAAGCCCUUCGUUGACGUCCUCAACGAAGGCGGCGUUCUCCCCGGCAUCAAGGUCGAUAAAGGCACCAUCGAGCUUGCCGGCACCAAGGGCGAGACCACCACUCAGGGUCACGAUGACCUCGGCAAGCGCUGCGCCAAAUACUACGAAGCCGGCGCCCGCUUUGCCAAAUGGCGAUCCGUUCUCAAUAUCGGACCCAACGAGCCAUCUCAACUCUCCAUCGACGCGAACGCAAAUGGCCUCGCACGCUACGCCAUUAUCUGCCAGGAGAACGGCCUCGUCCCCAUCGUAGAACCGGAGAUCCUCGUCGACGGCUCUCACGACAUCAACCGCUGCGCCGAGGUUACCGAGAGGGUGCUCGCCGCGUGCUACAAGGCGCUCAACGACCACCAUGUACUUCUCGAGGGGACCCUUCUCAAGCCCAACAUGGUGACCCCAGGUUCCGAUGCAGCCAAGGUUUCGCCGAAGGUGGUGGCGGAACACACUGUGAGAGCACUGCAGAGGACGGUGCCGGCGGCGGUUCCGGCGAUUGUUUUUCUCUCCGGCGGGCAGAGCGAGGAGGAGGCGACGCUUAAUCUGAAUGCGAUGAAUCAGCUCAGCGGGAAGAAGCCCUGGAGUCUGUCUUUCUCGUUUGGACGCGCACUGCAGCAGAGCACGCUCAAGGCUUGGGCUGGGAAGGUGGAGAAUGUGGAGAAGGCGAGGGCGUCGUUCCUGGUUCGAUGCAAGGCCAACUCGGAGGCGACGCUGGGGACUUACAAGGGUGAUGCUAGCCUGUCCGAGGGGGCAUCGGAGAGCCUUCAUGUCAAGGGAUACAAAUACUGAGUUGCUGUCUUCCUUCUUUGGUUUCCAUUGCUGCUGUUGUUUUUUUGUUUUGAUGAUGGUGAUUUGGUCUGAGAUCAUUGAUGAAUUCUACUUUUCUGGUCUGCUUCAGUUUUCUGAUUCCGUCAUAGUAAUAUCUGGGAGGUAAAUCAUGAGGAUUUUCUUUUGGGUUUUCUUGUUUCAUGUUUAAUUUGACUCGUUCGUGUUUAAAUUUUUGAAGGAAUUUCUUCCUGUUUUAUUGUUAAA